AUGUCGACUAAACUGCAGGGCGACGAUUUGGACGAGGCAGAGGCCAAUGGCAAGUCGGGAGACGAGGCCGAGGCUGAGGAUGAGGCUGAGGACGAGGCUGAGCACGAGGCUGAGCACGAGGCUCCACACGAGGCGGAGGAGGAGGCGGAAGAAGAGGCCGACAAAUAUGCGGAGGAAGAUGAGGAGGAAAAGGUGGAGGAAGAGGCGGAGGAAGAGGCAGAGGAAGAGGCGGAGGAAGAGGCGGAGGAAGAGGCGGAGGAAGAGGCAGAGGAAGAGGAAGAUGGGGAGGCGGAGGACGAAGAGGGUGGGGAGUCCGGCAAUGAGUCGGAAGAUGAGUCCGAGGACGAGCCGUCGGACGAGGAGGGUGGAGAGUCGGACGAUGAGCAGGAGGAUCAGGAGGAGGCAAUGGAGAGGAAUGAGAAAAACGGUACGGCGGAAGUGCCUGCCUGCGCGGAUGUUCAUAAGCCUGAGGUCACGAAAAAAACAAGCUUUGACGAGAUGUUGGAAGAGCAGGAUGACAGUGAAGGUGAUGCCGUGGAGGAUGAGGCUGUGGCAGAGGAACGAGCUUUGCUGCUUGGGAAGCUGAAGGCACUUGAUGAGAUCCAGGAACCCGUUGUCAGCUCGAAGCUCGCUGGAAAGGGUGCGAAAGCACAGUCGCGUUCAGGACCCACUAAGGUUCUGGCUAAGCCACCUCCAGGGAGACAUGCUGUCGCCAUGGCUAAAAGUAAGGAGAAAGUGGUGGAGAAAGUGGUGGAGAAAGUGGUGGCGAAAGAGAGUAGCCCUGGCACUGUCCCAUCCUUUCUUUGUAGUCCCAUCCCUGUUGUCCCUAUCCUUGCCGUACCCUAUCCUCCCAUCCCUGCAGUCCUAUCCCUACCGUCAGCUCUCGACCUAUCCCUGCCGUCUAAGGGAGUGAGGCAAUACCUAAACCCUGACUCCCCUCUGCCUGCCUGCCCCUCUCCCUUCAACCUUAAACCCACCUGCUUCCCCAUCCAGGGAGUGAGGCAAUACCUAAACCCUGACUCCCCUCUGCCUGCCUGCCCCUCUCCCUUCAACCUUAAACCCACCUGCUUCCCCAUCCAGGAACUUGCUAGGCGUGUAGCAACACAUCUUUUCUUCAACAUUGAAGCCUCAAUGAUUCAGUUCUACCCAUCUGCGGAGGAGGCCUUAGAUCAUGGGUUUAGCGAGUUUGUGUCGCCGCAGUUCGAGUGGCCAAUCCUUAACAAUGCGCCCGAUGGGAAGUGGAGCGGCAAGUGGGAGUACAAUCGGAUCCAGUACGAGGAGAUGUGCACCCGUGUGAAGCAGGAGGUCGAGAUCGCUGUCAUGGACCAUGGUGUCCCAUACGCCAGCAACAAGAACACAUUCAACUUCCCCAACGGCGUCUACAUCGACGCGUCUGACAUGGAGACCCUUGUCAGCAGGGUGCAGCUUUGUUGCAUCACUCACCAUCUCUUCCGUCCCCUUCCCCUUCCUCCCAUCUCUUCCGUCCCCUUCCCCUUCCUCCCAUCUCUUCCGUCCCCUUCCUCCCGUCUCUACUGUCCCCUUCCUUCCGUCCCCCAUGCCUCUUUGCGCAGGCAGCACGACCUGCACCAGCCCGGGUUGUCACCCCCAACCCGUGAUCACAGAGAUCUACAGCAGCACUAG